GAUAUCGAAGAGCGAUUCGCCCCGAUAGGUUUCAUUUUUUUGGUGCAUUUUUGUUUCUUGUUUGUGCACGUGCGAAACGCAACGCGAUUAAAUGCGCCGCGCCUGAAAAAGGAGAGGAGCCCAGUGGACCGGAGGACAGGGACGCGGACAGCCAUGGAUCAGUUCUCGCACGACCUGACUUUGGCUCUGGACCUCACGCUGAUGGACAGGGCGAGUGGCGUCGGUAGGUGGGGCUCCCGUCGCAGGACACGCUCCACGGGCAAUCUGCCCUGCGCCCCCCAGCCCACGGAGGACUCGUCGAGCAGUCCCACGGACGCCCUCAACCAGGGGCACCAUCACGGGCACCACCACGGCUACAACCACCACCACCACCAACACCACCCAAGUGCCAACGUGGACGGCCUGGACGCGCACAGCCUCAAGUUGCUGGCCAGCGAUUCGGACGAGAAGGCGGAGGCGACGCUGCCGCUGCGACUGCCGCUGACUGGACGCACGGGCGCCCUGGAGUCGGACUCGCUCAACGAGACCACCUUCAGUCCGGCCAGGUUCUACAAGCCCAACUCGCGCAGGAAGCGCAAGAUCAAGCGCAUGUCCAUGGAGUUCGAGUUCAGCAAGGACACGCCGCACUCGUUCGCCGAGUCGCCGCUGCAGCCUGGCCUGCUAAGCGGUAGUGCCACCUCCGCCACCGGAACCAUUCGCAAGCGCCUGCUGAAGACGGACGCCGCCGGGCACCGCUCGCAUCUGUUCUUCUGCGGCAAGCGCAAGCGCUCCAACCGCGAUCGCUACCACGAGCAGGAGGCGGCCAAGUUGUACGCCGCGCCACACGCGCCGGUGGACGAGCAGCAGCACCACCAUCACCACCAGCAGCUGAGAAUGCGCCCGCGCAGCUACUCCUCCACAUCGAAGCCCCUCAGCGACCGCCUGCUGCCGCUGAACAAGGGGCUGCUCUCGAAGAUCAACCGCAUGGCUGCCCAGGGACAGCAGGCGGCGCCCAAGCAACAAAAGACUGAGAACCAGGACAAGGAGGAGCUGCCUGAUCAGGCGGAUGUGGCCAAGAAGCCCACCCCCACGCCCACGUCCGUCGCCCUGAGCUCCUUCAGCAUGGACACCAUAGUGCCUGUGACCGACAUCGAUGCCUUGCUGCUGAGCACACCGCCAGCGGCUCCGUUGCUGCGCAAGAAGACCGCGGCCCACAGCAGCAGCAGCGGCAGCUCCUCGAAGACGCACCGCCGUCGCCGCUUCCAAACGCUGCCGCAACCGCCGCUGCAGUUCCAGGCGCAGUCGAUGGACUGCAGCGAGCUGUACGACUUCCUGAGCUCCAGCUCGCUGAGCUCCUCCUCGGACAGCGAGGCGGAGGUGGGUGGCCACCACCGGCGGCACGACACCGACCGCGAGGGCGACGACGAACUCACCGACUGGCCGGGCAACGAAUUCGGGCCCGGGGCCAGGUACGAUCCCAAGAGGAAGCUCACCAAGAAGUCGCUGCUGCCGCAGAUCCGCUCGGACGACACAAUUGGCGAGGACGACACCCUGAUGUCCGGCACCGAGGCGGGGGCAGCGGAGCCGAAGUCGCCGGGACAGAUCCUGCCGGAAUCCCUGCAGGAUCUGUCCCGCUUCCAGCCGGCCGGCGUCUCCGAGCCCAUAGAGAUUCUGAACGCCUGCUCGGAGAUGGAAACGAAUGCCGACGGGACGACCAUGCCUGCCUCCCGGCAGAUCGAGAGCGAGAUGUCAGGCGAGACCUCGAAUCCGUUCCUCUCCUCGUCGCCGCCGGGACAGGCGCAGGGGCAGGAGGUGCGCGAGAUCCGCGCCGGCUGUCGCCGCAUCAACGGCGAGCGGCCGGGCUUCAGCAUCAAGAGGGGCGUCAACGAGCGCAUCGCCCGGUUCCUGCAGGACCCGCAGCAGACCCACAUCCGACUGCCCGACAUCGAGCUGCAUGAGCCCGACAGCAUGUGCAACCUGGCCACGCUCUACUCGCUGACCAUGGCCGUGGAGCACGGCUGCACGGUGCUGACCAAAACCAGGAACACCACUCAGGCGGUGAGCGUGGAUCAUCUGCAGCAGGGUCUCCAGCCGCGUCCCGAUCUCUUUGGCGAUUUCAAGCGACGCUGCUACGGGGACGAGGAGGAGCAGCAGGAGCAGCCGGAGCCCCCGAAAUGAGAUGCAUAUAGAUACAGAGAUAGAGAUACAUUAAUCAAAACAAGACCAAUCCCCGGCGAAUGCAGACGGAGUUAAACUCCUGGCGAUCCCAGCCGAGUGCAUCGCUGGGGUGGAAGAAACCCAACCCGUAAAUUAAGAAAGCUUUUAGCGUGUUUUUGUGAAACCUGUUCCGUGUACAUAGGUUGCCUCGGUCCGUGUAUAUACUAACUGGCUUCGUUUGGGGCGGGCGCAAGCAAUUCGGAUGAAUGAUACGGGAUCCCAGAUCCCAGGUACCAGAUACCAGUUACCAGGUCGCGUCGCACUCUUGGAAGCAAGCGAGAUGGCACGAAGUCAGAGCGACAGAGAGAGAGAGAGAGGACCGACCAGAAGCCGUUGGCAGACGUUCCACUGUACAAAAUAUAUAUUGUAAGACCUCCAGCGAAUAUGAAUAUAAGGAAUAAAUAUGUGUGGUCAUAUCCGAA